GAAACGUAGUAGGAAUGAUUUACUCCAAAUUUGCUGUUGGUGGUUCAUUUGUUUGGUACUCAUUUUUUUUAUGCAUGCUGAGAUGUGCUUUAAGCUUUAAUUUGGAUGCAGAGUUUCCAACUUUCUUCAGUGGACCAGCUCAUAAUUCGUAUUUUGGAUUCGCUGUUGAUUAUUAUUCUGAGGCCUCUCAAACAUGGGUGGUUGUUGGUGCUCCAAGAAAUGGUUUUAAUGGAGAAGUAUUUAAAUGUACCAACACACCUGGUGCUGAACAAUGUAAUGCCAUUCGUGUUUCUAAAGAGGUUUCACAAACGGGAGUUCAAAACAUGUUCGGUUCUACUGUAGUGCUUGGACAAAAUAAAGAGCUACUGAUGUGUGCUCCACAAUUUGCACAGAAGAGUGUGGUUACACGCAGUAGUGGAAAGAGCAUUUACUACGACCUUGUCGGUAUUUGUUACUUCACUACUGACUUCAGUGCUGACAAUCUGGUUACUUAUCGAUACUCCCCAUGCUCCAGUGACCUUGGUUCUCACUAUGCAGAUCUACACAGCUAUUGCCAAGCAGGUUUCAGUGCUGCUUUUACCAAGGACAAUAGGAAACUUGUACUGGGAGCGAUUGGUUCUUAUUAUAAUCAAGGCUCCAUUAUGUUGGUGAAAGAUCUCUUGCAAAACAUCAGCAGCUUACCUUACCACACAGCUGAAUUCAAACCUGAUGUUCCAUCUGGUUGGGGUGAAGUUGAUUAUUAUCGCCAUACAUAUGAUUCAAACUACAUGGGUUAUUCUGUUGCCACUGGGAUUACUGGCAGUAAUUUGCCACUCUUGGUGACAAGCGCACCUCGUAGGUUAGGUUACAACCUGCUUGGUUCAGUUAUUGUGUAUGAUGAAACUAUGCAAGCCCCUCUUGCUAACUUCACUGGGGAACAAAUUGGGGAAUAUUUUGGUGAAGGAUUGGAAGUUGUUGAUUUAAACAAUGAUGGACUUGAUGACAUCAUAAUUGGAUCUCCACUGUAUAGUGAUGUCAAGCAGAAAGUUCCAGAAAUUGGAAGAAUUUAUGUUUAUUAUCAAGAAACAGGUGCAGCUUCAUCAAGCACAGAGCGUCGACUUGAGUUCUCUCCGCCCACAAUCAUUAAUGGCAACUCAAGUAUGGCUCGCUUUGGACGAACAAUUGUUUCUAUAGGAGAUGUCAAUGGAGAUGGAUAUAAUGAUAUUCUUGUGUCUGCACCUUAUGAAAGAAAUGGUACUGAGGAUUCCGAAGAAAAGUAUGGUGCGUUGUACCUAUUUAAUGGAGGUGUAGGGGGAGUGAGGUCAUAUCCUUCACAAGUUAUCCAUGGUUUGAAACUUGAAAACACUCCAAACUUUACUCCUGGAGAUAAAAUUCGAGGGUUGGGGUAUGGUAUGAAAGGGGGGAAAGAUACAGAUGGCAACGGUUAUCCGGAUGUUGUUGUUGGUGCUUAUUUGUCUGACAAAGUUGUUGUAAUCAAAGCUCGACCUGUUGUGAAGUUGCUAGUCAUUCAAACAAUUACUCCAAAUAAAAUAGAUCUUGAAACAUUAUCAUGUGAUCUCAAUCCCACUACCAAGUCAGCAUGCUUCUAUGUUGAAACUUGCUUCUCCUAUUCAGGAAAAACACUGCCAGAUACUGUCAACAUGUCUUAUUCCUAUGAUGUGGAUUCUGGUAAGGAGGAGCGUGAAAAACGUUCAUAUUUGCUGGAUGAUUCACCAAGGAAUUUAACUUUACGAGCUGGUGAUCAACAGCAGUGUGUACAUGAGACUGUGUUUAUGAAGAAAGAUGUCAGAGACAAACAGACUGAAAUUGCAGUCACAGUGAAUUACUGGCUGCAAGAAAACCACCUACCAACUGAGCCAGUACUGGAUGUGUUAGCUGGCACCAGUUCCACAACUAGGGCUGAUAUAUUCAAGGAUUGUGGUCCUGAUGAAAUCUGUAUUCCAGAUCUUGUAGUGAAUGCCAAAUUAAGUCCAGAUACAGUUCAAGUUGGUAAGUAUUCAGAAAUUAAUGUAAAAGCAAGUGUUUGGAAUAAUGGGGAGAAUGCUUAUCUUACAACCAUGGUUGUCAACUAUCCUCAAUACGUCACAUUCAUUGGACUGCAAGAAGACAAGGUUGACGGUCGCGUCAUCUCAUGUGUCGACCUUAAUCCAUUCCUGCUGUGUGAGGUGGCCAACCCGCUCAAGGUAGAUACCAGGAUUGAUCUUGUGAUACAGUUUGGGGUCAAUGAACUUCAGGGUGAUGUUGACGUGCUACCAUUGUUGUUGUAUGCAAACUGCACGAACGAACAAAACAAUCAGAGUCCUCUAUUCCACACAAUGAUCCACGUUGAAGUGGUUGCUAAUGUUAAGUUUUACAAUGUAUCAACUCCUUCCUUAAUAAGAUUGGACAAAGAAAGUGAAAAUGCGGCCCUUAACCAAUCUGCCUCUAAACCCCUUACCCACACGUAUGAAAUCACCAAUGCUGGACCUGCGGUGAUUUCCAAAGCUGAAAUCUCUCUGUUGUGGCCAUUAUCAGUGAAUGGUGAUAGUAAAGAUCUGCUUCUACCACUGUUGGAGGUUCAGCACAGUGGUCCAGUUAUAUGUCACUACUCACAUAUAGCAGAUGCAAGUGUAGCCUUGGCUAAUGAUGUGAUGGUUCCAUCAGAUGUUCUUACUGUAGACGCUGUUAAUCAUGAUAAAAGCUAUAUUAACUGCCACACAGAUCCACAAAACUGUUAUGAAAUGACAUGUGAUAUAUUGGAGAUGCAACCUAAAACUGACAUUCUCAUUGAGCUAAAAACAGAACUUCAGCUUGCUCCUGUGCUCCGUACAUCCAUGGACACAGUCAUCACAUCAAGCAUGCAGUUCCGAAUCACUGAGUUUCCAUAUCUCAUAAAUCCUGGGCCAGGACCAACUACAUUAUCUGAGGUGAACACUUAUGCAGAAUACCCACAAGUACCGGAAUCUUCCACAAUUGAAUGGUGGAUUAUUGCAAUAGCUGUGGCUGCUGGAGUCCUCUUCCUCCUUCUUAUCAUCUUACUACUAUGGAAAUGUGGCUUCUUCAAAAGGAUGACACAUCCUCAGAGUGAAGAGGACAAAGCUCAACAGCAGAAGCUCACAGAGUCACCAGAUCCAAUGCAAGAAGAAUUAGAGGAACAUCUUAAGUAAUACUUACUCCUACUGCUUUUUUAUAGCUGUCACACUGCUUAUAUGGGAUGUAUGACUGAUCUAAUAUGUGGUGUUUCUUAAAACUAAGUAUUCUUUUUAGUUUUUUAUCUGGCUUAUGUAAUAUACCAACAAUGAGAUGAAGUGUUGAUUUAGUGUAUUGUUUUAUCCUUCUUUUAUUCAAAACAUGCCUUUCUUUUGUUUGUAGGUUUUAUGCAGCACAAAGACGUAUUUUAAAAUCCUUUUUAUUUUGUUCAAUUUAUGUAACAAACUAAUUCAUAUAAAUUACUUUCUGUACUACACUGUAAACCGGUACACGACCACAUUUAUAGAUUUACUGCCACCAUGCUGUUCAGUUACAGUGCAACUUUGGUACUACCCUGCAAUACAUUUGGUUCCUUUUAAGAUAUCCUUAUUACAGUAAAUAUUAUUUCGUAUAAUUCCAUAAACCAUUUAUUGCUUUUUACUGUCUAGCAUGCAGUUCUGGCUAUCGUUUAAUCACGGACAUUUUAUAUUAAGAUUUUCUUUUUUUUCUUAUGAUUUUUAACCAGUGUAUCACGUAUUAACUUUAGUUCUUAACUUUUUGCAAUUGAUAUAGAAUUGUAAUUGGGAUAGUAACUCUUUUUCUAAAAGUCCUAUCUUUUUUAACCCAAAGUGUGGUACGUCUUACUUUUUUUAGUUAUGUAGAAUGUUUUUAAUAUCUGAUUACCACCUCUUUGUCCAUAACAUGAUUUAUUGUUUUUAUAAAUUACAAUGAAGCGGUUUUACAAUUUUGCUUUGUGAAUUGUGACACAUUGGUGCUAAAGCCAUUAUACAUGAAGGUUUUACUUUAAAGGUACUUAACUCAUUCGAUGUUUUUUUUCUGGUUUUGCAUUUCAUAUUGUGUCUUACGACGGUUACAUGAACCAAUAUUUCGUUUGGCUUAGGCAAAAUAAAUCAUAUAGGACAGCUUUUA